AGUAUUUGCUUCCCUUUAAUAUCUAUAUUUCUGAUCUCCUGAUAUUUCCUACGGUUACACACAUAGGCUAUUUCUUCCUCUACACGCCUCAUCAAUCGAAGAACCGACUAGUGUUUCUCUUUCUCUACAACUCUUCAAUUUCCUGUCAGUAUAAAAAUUUUCAUUUUGGAUUCUUUAAUUAUCUGAGAAUUUCAUCAAUACAAUUUGACAUAAACAAGGUAAAAAGGCAUAGCAGGGACUGAAUUAGGUUCUAUAAUGGCGUUAUUUUGAUUAUUAUAUUCUUUAUUGGGGUUUCAUUCAAAUUUUUGGGUAAUUAACUGUUCUUUGAUAGCUUAUUGUUCUGAUUUGUGGGUAGUUGGAGGACCGAGUUUUGUUGUGGACUAUGUUCUUAUGAAUGGUGCCCUAUAUUGGUCUUUUUUGUUGAUUUUGAAAUCUAGGGUUUGACUAUAUCCUUUAGUGAGUAGCACUCUAUUCCACCAAAGUGUUAUGAAUGACACGAGGAGUUUUUUAUAGUCUAUUUUAGUUGAAGAAGGAAGCAUUUAAAGAGGCAUCUUGUUGAUGGUUUUUGAUAAGGUGAAGAAGAGUAUAUUAUGUUCUUAAUUGAAGGCAGGCAUUGUUGUGGUUGAAUAAAGUGAUUGCUGUUUGCAGUUUGCUGUAUAUAAUGUACAGAAUGAAUAAUCCCUAGUUGAAGUGAAUAGAAUGGUGGUCUCUUUUUGAAUUAUAGGGUUCUGAACAUUUUUAAUCGACCCUAUAGACAAAGGACUUUUGUUUCUAAAGCCAAUUCAUUGAGAAACUUGGCAGGGCAAAUUGGUACUUGAAACGAAGGUUUCUCGGGCCGGAUUGGCUAACCUUACCCACCCUUAAGGAGGUUUUUUUAGAUAGUGGGGUGCUACACUUUAGUUUAGUCUGAUUGCUUACAGGAAAAUGGUUUUGUUUCUAAAGGGAAAUUGGUAAGAAUUUGGGGCUAAUGGACAGCGGAGUUUCAUGCAACUUGGUUAAGUUCUUGGGCAUUUGGUCUAAUGUUUUCAAGAGAGAAACUGGCCUUCUUGGGGGCAUGUUAGUGAUUUAGGUUGGCACCGGAGGUUGAUAGUAGGAGUUGCGCUGAAGGAAAGAGAGUUGUUUUUCCUUUUGUUCUUGUUUGGAUAAUGUUCAUUAGUAGUGUUAUGGAAAGAAGUGAGCCUACAUUAGCCCCGCAAUGGUUAAGGAGUGGUAGACAUGUGACGGGCUCUGUCACUGCAUCAUCCCCGUUGCAUUCAGAUGAUCCUGUCCCAUCAAAACUUGCAAAUAGUAGAUCACUGUCAACUAAUAUGAGCAAUAACAAGUUGAGGCAUCCUGCUGCAUCAGAUCGAGCCAUUUCAUCACAUACCCGAUGGAACUCUAAUAGUAGUAGCCCUAGCUUGAGAUCUUACAGUAGUUUUAGAAGCCCUCGUCAUAGGAACAUGGAUAAAGACAUUAACAAGUAUCACGAGAAAUCAACUUUAGGAAAUCAUAGGUCAAGGGACCUUCCUGAUACUUCGAGGAAUCAUCGUUGGGAAAUAUUUGAGGAGGAAGGGUUAAGACACUCACAGUCAAUGAUUUAUGGUAGAUUUAGUGAGACAGGGCCUAAGAAUUUGGGAAUUGCUGGUAAAAUCGACCCAACUGACAAAAAUGGCCCGCUUGCUUCAGUUAAUAGUGUGGAUAAUGCAAUUGACAGAGGCAUCCAGCCCCUAGUAACUGAAGAACGACAAGCAUCACCUGGCUUUGGAAGAGUCCGAUCUCCUGGUUUGGGUACCAUGCCUCAGGGUUUACCAAUAGGCUCAUCAGGCACUACUGGUAAUAAGUCGGCAUCUUCUCUGGCAGAUAUUACGGCAGUGGCUGGAAACAAUAACCCUGGCCUUUCUUCCGUGAAACAAGGUGCUUCUUCUGGACCUUCUUCUCCAAUUUCUAGCAAGGCUAUUAGCAGGGGUCUUAAUAUGGCUGAAACAGUCGCUAGGGGUCCUCCUUGUGCUCAGGCUACUUCCCAGUUAUCCCAUGCAAAUCAGCGACUCGAAGAGCUAGCAAUGAAGCAAUCUAGGCAAUUGAUACCAUUGAAACCGUUGGUAACUAAGGCCUCGGUGCCAAAUCCUUCCGACAAACCAAGAGCCAAGGUUGAGCAGCUGCAGCAAACUGUCUCAUCAUCUAAUCCUGUCAAUCACUGUCUCUCAACCAAGCUUCACAUCUUUAAGCCAACAAGAGAGAAUGGCGUUUCUUAUGGUGUGAACAGUAGCUUGAGCCCAAAUGCUCACAGCAAAGGGUCAAAUACCCUUCUUACUGCUCCCGCAUCUGCUUCCACACAGAGUCUAGCAAAUAAUGCUGCUUCCUUUACCUCUGAACGCAAGCCUGUUGGGUUACUGGUGGAAAAAAAGCUGUCAUCCCAAGCUCGGAGUCGAAAUGAUUUCUUCAAUCUUAUGAGAAAGAAAUCUAUUGCAAGCAGUUCAGCUGUCAAUGGUGCAGGGUAUGCUGUAUCACCACUUUUAGAUAAAUCUGGUGUUUCAGAAGUUUUGACUGCGCCUGGUAUCCCUCAGGAUCAAGAUGCCACGUUAUCUGAUGAGAGCCCAAGGGUUGAGAAAUCAACUGAGAUUUCAGGUGAAAAUACAUGCACUGAUGACUCUUAUGAGGGGAAGAAUAGUACCGACAAGAGCUUUUCAAAGUCUGAUGCAAUCUUGUGUUCGGAAGAGGAAGAGGCUGCAUUUUUGCGUUCUCUAGGCUGGGAGGAAAAUGCUGAUGAGGGCGGCCUUACCGAGGAGGAGAUCAGUGCCUUCUACCGAGAUGUUACAAAGUACAUCAAUUCGAAGUUGUCAUUUAAAGUUAUGCAAGGAGUGCAAUCAAGAUUUCUUUUGCCUCUCCACUCCGGAAUUGGUGAUGUUGGUGGCAUUUCUUCUUGAUACAGCUAAACUUGAAUGAUAUACUAAUAAAGCUAUUGAAUUUUGUUAGUACUUUAUUAGAAGUGGUAAAAUUUUCUGAUCCUUGUUUUCGUCGUUCCAUAGAUUUUGGGGUGGAGAUUGAGGGAAAGCAAUGAGAAUCGAGAGAGUGAGGCAAUGCUUAAUGUGGUUUUUAGGGAGUGAAUAGGAAUGAUCUCGGUUGUCUAGUUCUGUGGAUGGAUUCCGAUUGGCUUUGGCACCUUCAUACUUUACGGAUUUUCGACCUUCUAGCGAUCUUGUUCAUAUAAUCUAUGCUUUUGUUGGUCCAGGUCUAUAUGUAGAGCUGUUAAGGAAAGUUGGGAAAGAAAUCCCCAAGGAUUACCCUUAUGUUAGUGUUAAAAUGUUAGUAUGCUUAACUCGGUAGAAGAAAUUAUUUUGUUAAGAAUGUACCUGUGUCAACGAGAUUGUUCAGAAAAGAUUUCUGGGAUAAAUUUAAUGUUAUUUAAGAACUAA